AUGAGGCUGGCUGUGUUGUUUUCUGGGGCUCUGCUGGGCCUACUAGCAGCCAAGGGGGCAGGAAAUGACUGUCCUCAUAAAAAAUCAGCCACUCUGCUGCCGUCUUUCACGGUGACCACUACAGCUACAGAAAGCACAAGCUCUGCAACAACCAGCCACAGAACUAAGAGCCAUGAAACCACCACUCUCAGAACAACUACCACAGGUACUACGAGCCAUGGACCUACAACUGCCACUCACAGUCCUGACACUACCGCCAGUCAUGGAAAUACCACAGUUCAUCCAACAAGUAAUAGCACUUCUACCAGCCCAGGAAACACCACUUCAUCCAUCCCAGGACCACUUCCACCCUCUCCAAGCCCUAGCCCAGGCUCCAAGGAAGCUAUAGGAGACUACAAGUGGCCUAAUGUUUCCCAACCCUGUGUCCGGCUCCAAGCUCAGAUUCAGAUUCGAAUCCACUACCCAACCCAGGAUGGAGAGGAGAUGUGGGGCAUCUCUGUAUUGAACCCCAACAAAAUCAAGGUCCAAGGGAUCUGCGAGGGCACCCAUCCCCAACUGCUCCUCUCAUUCCCCUAUGGCAGGCUCAGCUUUGGCUUCACGCAGAACUCAACACAGAAAGUUGUCUACCUGAACUACACAGCUGUGGAGUACAAUGUGUCCUUCCCCAAGGCAGCACAGAGGACAUUCUCAGCUCAGAAUUCAUCCCUUCGAGAUCUCCAAGCCCCCCUUGGCCAGAGCUUCAGCUGCAGAAAUGCAAGCAUCAUUCUUUCACCAAGUUUCCACCUUGACCUGCUCUUUAUGAAAUUACAAGCUGUUCAACUGCCCCCCACAGGGGUCUUUGGACCAAGUUUCUCUUGUCCCAGUGACCGCUCCAUCUUGCUGCCUCUCAUCAUCGGGCUGGUCCCCCUUGGCCUCCUCAUCCUGGUGCUCGUUGCCUUCUGCGUCGUCCGGAGACGGCUGUCCACCUACCAGCCCCUCUGA